AUGGAGAACGAAGAGCACAAGGCACCGCCGGCGCCAGUAUCUGUGGCCUAUUCGCAAGACACACCACCGCGGUCCGACAUCGACGAGAUCCUGAAGCGCAAGAGGAAAGCACGCGAAUACAAGGCUUGCUAUCCUUGUCGUCAAAGAAAGGUCAAAUGCGAUCAAUCAGUGCCAUGCAAGACAUGCGUCGUCCGAGAACAUCCAGAACUAUGCUCCUACCACCCACCCUCCGAGACACAUCCUCCUGCGAAACGCCACACGCAGAGCGUUGGUCACAACGGAAAUGAUUUCUCGAACGGCAUGGUCCAUGUCCACGGUGGGACAGUCACUCUGCCCAGAGAGGAUUGGGAGCGCAUCUGUGCUAAACUGCAAAAUGCCGAAAAGUCAUUGAAUGAGCUCAAGACCUCGAUUGGAAGCAUCACAGAAGUUACACCAAGCACUCUACCUACGAAUGGCUUCUCUCCAGGAACCGCAGGAAAUACAACACUCGCAGCAACCGCACCCAUAGAUAGUGAACAGAGCCACGUCCGGACGCAGGGAGUCCAUACGCACAACGAAUACACUGGCCAAACGAUACAUGUUGGACCGAGCUCCGUUCCCGCCCUCGUCAUGGCUCUGGGCCGUGGCGAUACGCAAUGGCCUGGCGUACAGGAUGUGCUGGGGAAGAAGAACAUGCUGCCCAUAUUCGGUCUCGACAACGAGAGCGCGACAUACCCCUUUGUCGAUCUGUGGGGUCUGCCACAUGGCAGUAUCAUGCGUGCGAAUGAGUUGGCGAAUGCCCUUCCCAGCGACGCUGAGUGUCUAAGCUUUUUCCGGUGUUAUCGAGAGACGGCACAUGUUGUUUACCCCGCGGUGGCGGACGUGGAAAGCAUAGAGUCAGACCUGCUGUUACUACUUAUCAACCGAGCGAGCUCGACAGCCGGACCUGGUGUUUCCGAGGAAGCGAUAUAUGGCAAGGAUUUCCAAUGGAUCGGCCUUCUCUUUGCGAUUCUCGCGGCAGGAUGUCAAUGCUCGACCCUUCCCAGGAAAGAGCGCGAACUCACAUCACAGGUCUACAUAUGCUGCAGUUUCGAGUGCCUUAGGUUCACCAACUUCCUAUCACAUGCGACACUAGAGAAUAUCCAAACACUUCUUAUCCUCGGAAAUGUCAUCUCGAACAACAUGAACGCCGGAGUAGCUUGGAGCUUGAUGGGUCUUACUGUUCGAUUGUCUCAAACUCUGGGUCUGCACAGGCUAUGCCCGCCAUCAACGCCUCUGCACCACAAACUUAACCGGAGCAAGGUGUGGUGGGCAUUGUUAUGGCAAGAUUCGCUUCUGUCAAUCUCGUACGAUCGGGCAUCAUCUACCACAACAAUUGACCAUACCGUUCCGCUGAGUCCACACACUGCUCCUGGUACCAGGACGUAUGUGGAGAGUAUGUACCGACUCUGCAAGGUCGGUCUCGAUAUUGUCCGCGAACGCCAGCGACCCCAAAAUUCCCACGACGCCUUGAUGAGGAUCACCGAGCACCGAAACGAAUUGCAGGAGAUCAUGGUCGAUGCAGCUGAUUAUCUCAAGGACUCUCGAAGAUGUCGUUCAAUGAGGGAUCAAUUGGAACAUUGGGCCCUCUAUCUCCACAUUUCGUACAUUACCUCGGAGCUCUGCCGACCGGCUGUCAGCCCCAGCACCGCAAACCUUGAUUUGUCCAAGACGCUCAGGAAGACCUGCAUCGACAGCCUGACGAACACUGUGGAGGCAUUCUUGGGCUUACAAAACAUGACACCCUUCGCGACUCGGUCCUGGGCAGCGGUCCACCGCUCGCUUAGCUCUGCCCUUCUUUUGGGUAUCCUUGGGGAGCAAAACCGCAACGAGCGCGCGCGAGGUCUUCUGUCAAAUUUGAUCCAGGUGCUGACCGACGUUACGGCGAACGUUGAUCCUGCGGAACUCUCCGCACCCAUCACACGUUCGGUCGCUGCACUAGAGCGACUACUGAACCUGCAGAAUCCGCGCUCUCAAGUAUCUAAAUCCGCCAGCGACACCUCGUCCACGUACUCGCCCGAUUUCACGACGUUCACUGCGGACGAUAUCAAUGCUGCCUUCAACUUGGAAGAUCCCAAUGGGUUCACGCAAUCUCCUCUUGUUGGGUUGGAACUGGAUUCAUCUCCUUAUGCGCUCAUGGAGUCAAUCGUUUGGGGAAACAAGAAAUCUCCUUGA